AUGAGGAAAAUAAGUCUUAACACUCCAUUAUUGAAAUCAAUAGUAAGGCACAACUCAUACAAAAUAGUGGACAAUGCACCUAAAAUCUCCGACAAUGAAGGUUGGUUAGAAUCUCUAAAGUGGAAGAAUGCAAUGGACCUUGAUGAGACACCGCAACUUAGUGAAUCAGCAAAUGAAUAUGUCAGUGGUACCGGUCAAUUUCCCAUCACAGUGGUUUCAACGCCUCCAGAAUCACACUAUAUUGACAUUAAGGCACCGAUAAUUAAUUUCACCUCGAUGAAGUAUUUACAAGAAUUUAACAAACAUAAGCAUGCACAAGGCAACUUCAUUGAUGUCAGAAUUGUCAAAUGUCGGAGUGGUAAAGGUGGGGACGGAUCCAUUUCAUUUUUCAGGGAUGCUGGUAGGAGUAUUGGACCUCCAGACGGUGGUGAUGGUGGAGACGGUGGUAGUAUAUUUUUACAGGCGGUGGAAAGUUUGGAUUCUCUAGCUAAGAUAAAGACAACAUAUGUUGCUGGUGAUGGUGAGGACGGAGCAGCUGCUCAAUUGGAUGGUCCUACGGGGAAUGAUAUACUUAUUAAAGUACCUAAGGGUACGAUCGUUCAUUGGUGUAUGGAUCCCAGGAAUGUUCGGAGUUAUAUACAAAAGGAACUACAAAAGGAACCAACUUCUACUUUAAGAUCUGUUUUAGAGAACAAUAUGUUAAGUCUGAAGUGUAUUAGCAAAUACCGAUACGACACGGAACCGACACACAUUCAAUUGUUCAGGGAUUCCUACGAGUCAGGAGCAGGUUGGCUUUUUAAGGGUAAAAGUGAGGAAUAUCAUCUUGAUAAGGAUUGGUUCGUUGAUUUAAAUAAGAAAGUGACAAUGUAUGACGAUAGUUUACGGAGUAUGGAAUUAAAAAGUGAUACCAUUCCAUUAUACGGUAUUGAUUUAGACCAUGUUAGUAAUACACCCAUUUGUUUAUUGAAGGGUGGCAAAGGUGGACUUGGUAACAUGCAUUUUUUGACUAAUAUAAUAAGGAACCCCAGAUUUAGCAAGAUGGGGAGAAAUGGGCUGGAACAGUAUUUUAUGUUCGAAUUAAAGAGCAUUGCAGACUUGGGUCUCAUUGGAUUCCCUAAUGCGGGGAAAUCUACUAUCCUUGGAAAGAUCUCUAAUGCGAAACCUCGAGUGGGGCAUUGGGAGUUUACAACCUUAAGUCCCAGCAUCGGUACUGUAUCUUUGGGUAUUGAUAGUGGAAGCUUCACUGUAGCAGAUAUCCCGGGUAUUAUCGAGAAUGCGUCCCAGGACAAAGGAUUGGGUCUAGAAUUCUUAAGGCAUAUUGAAAGGUCCCGAGGUUGGGUCUUUGUCGUAAAUUUAGAAACAGAUCAACCGCUACGUGACCUACAGAUCUUAAUUAAGGAAGUCGGUGGGUUAGAAAAGGUGGCAAGUAAAAAUGUGCUGAUAGUUUGUAAUAAGGCAGACACAGAACACAGUAAGGAUAAAUAUAUGACGGUGGCAUCAUUUUGCAAUGAGUUGGGAUGGGAUCACAUACCAAUCAGUGCACUCCGCGGGGAAAACAUACAGCCACUGAUAGAAAAGAUGGCCAAAUGUAUCAAUAUUCAAUAG